CAUGUUUUUAAUUUUGCGUUUCCAAAUAAAACUCAGGAAAUGGAAAAAUCAUUGGCACAUUCAAUGAGAAAAUAUCAUUCUACAUCUUUGGAUCGAAAAAUCAACAACCGGUCUAUUGUAGUGCAAUCCCAAUCAACAAUAUCAAGACUAUAUAAACCAACUUGAAAUCAAUCACCAGCUAUUAAUCAACAAAAAGUUCUACAAUGGAUUGAGAUACCAAGAAGUGAUAACAUUGGGUGUUUCCAAGGACUCUCGAGUUCGGCAAUUACGCACUUCCGUCUUUUGCUUGUUUCGUACUCAGUUCCACUAUAGCUGUCCGUCAUAUCUGAAGUCAGUGGUGCGAAGAGAUAAAGACUUCAUUUUCCAAUAGUAAUUUAGAGUAACUGUAGUAAUUGGAAUUUAUGAUUUCAACUUUUCUCGUUGGAGAAUAGCGAUUUUCAGUAUUAAAGUACUAAGGGAAUGCUAUAUAAUUGUUUUCAAGCUAAAGUAUAUAUUCUUUCAAAAUUUGUUGAUAUAUAAUAUAUCGUGUUAAUUUUAUACUUCAUGCGUCGUGAUAUGUCAAAUAACUAAUAGUGUUUGGAGAUAUUUAAGUAAAUAGAAAAUGUAUUGAAAAUUAAUUCACUGAUGCUAUCUUUUUAACGCACAUUAAAAUGUCAGUUGUUUCGGAAAAGAGAACACCUGCAGCUGCAAGGAGAAAUACCGAGGGAAAACUCAAAUUAGUGAGGUCUAAAUCGAAACUUCCAAGUGACAAUUUAAAAGGAAAAGAAUUUGAAAAAGGAACGUUUGCUGAACGAAAGAAAGAACAUUUGAAAGAUGAUAAAAAUCAAAUUAAAGAUCAAGAUCAAAUAAAAUUAAAUAAUAUGACUGGGGAUAAUAAGUGUUUUAACGAUUCUUCGACUACUGUAGACAUUAACUCUAUCAUGAAAUGUGAAAAAAUCGAGCCAAAUCAAAAUGGAAGAGUACCAAAAGUGUCAGAUGUUUCUUUUAAAACAAACCAUGUCAAAAAAGAACAAAAUGAAAUUAAAAAAGCUACCAAAAAGGAUUCCGAGAAGAGGAUUCUUAUUCCAAAAGAAAUAACAAGACUUUCAAUUGACAACCAAUCGGUAUUAUCAGUCGACGGUGCUAUUCAGUCGACAUCCGUCCCAGUGCAGAUAGAAAACCCGCGAUCUAUUAUAGUUCCUAACGACUCCUGGAUAAUGUCAGUGAUUCCAUACCUUCCAUUAGGACUUGCCGUUGUUUAUUUAAUACUCAAUAUUGUUAUACCGGGCUCAGGAACAAUUCUUAGUGGAUUUUCAAUUCUGUGUUGUGGGAAAUGUCGAGUUCAAACUAAAGAUGACCAGAGACUUGUAACAUUAUGUGUCAAUGUGUGUGUUGGUGUGUCACAAUUGUUUACUGUAACAUUUUUAUUAGUGGGUUGGUUUUGGAGUAUUGCAUGGGGAGUCAACAUGGUUUUACUUGCUGUGGAACUUAACAGACAGAAGAAACAAAAAAGAGAACGCGACCUACAAGCUAAUGUGCUGAAUGCCUUUGGAAAUUCAAUGCCAGUAAAAUCACUCUUUCCUGGAAUGAAAUGAAAGAUUGAUUUUAAAAUCAACAGCAUAUAAAAUUCAAAUGUAUUUGUCUGGCGUAAUGUUGUAUUAAAAAACUAUGGAUUUGUUAUGGUUCGAAUGAAAUCAGAUACUUCAUUAAAUGUUGAAAAUGCAAAACAUGACUGUUAACAUGUAGCUCUAAGCAGACCAUUCAAGCUUAUAAUAUAUCGUUCUUGUUUACAUUAAGAUCUCGGAUCUGUAUCCAAAUUUGCUUGAUAAAUAUAUAAUAACGAUCACUUAUACCGUCAUGUUUUCUCAUAUGCAGAAGUAAGCUAGGAUAAGUGUUGCUCA